AUGAAGCAGGGACUUGCGUUCGUUUCGGCCUUUGGGUUACUUCAACUGGCAUCUGCCGCCUGCUGCCGCACAAACAAAUGCUUCAAGGCUGUUGCUGAUCCCCUGGUUGAUGGCCUACAGGAUUGCUCAUUGGCUUUCGAGAUAGUAACAGUCACGCCCCAAGUCACCACUGUUACCGAGACUGUGACGGAAGUUCCGACCGAGUAUGUCAGCGUGGUCGAGACAGAUGCCACGACGGCAACAGUUUAUUCGACUGUCGAGACCGAAACAUUGCUCAACACCAUCAGCACCACGGUGACUGGCACGACGACUCAGCGCUCCCUGGUCUACGUUACCCGCGCAUAUAACACCGUUACAGUCUUGGUCACAUCCACCACGACAGUCCUGCCGAGUGCUGCGACUCAAAUCGUGGCGCGCGCCGCCGAUACCGACCUAGCACCCACGAGUGGCACCCUGGCGCCAUCCAUUCCAAGCUACGCCUCAGCACAUUGUCCAUCAUGGGAGAAGUAUAUUUCGGUCUGCAAGUGCGCAGGAGCCACCCAGGAGACUAUUACCGCUUCACCCUCGGCCGCCAAAGUGACCGUCACCUUCACCGACAGCGUGGCUGCCACAACGAACUCGAUUCCCGUUACUCUUUCCACCACCACCACGGUCACCGACGAAGUAACUGCCACAGAAUACAACACCCAGACUGAAACGGCCUCGGUCACUGCCACCGCCGUGACUACGGUAACAGGGAACGUCUUGGUCAUAGGUUCAACAACCACCGUUACAUCAACCAUCACCUCCACCGUGGUCGCCCCAGCAGAAAGAUGCAGUAACGUCGCCAACUUCAACGCCGUCGCGACUGAUUCCGCCAACAGCCAGCGCUACCUCUUUUCCCAGCUAAUCAACGGCAUGGCCGGCUUAUAUGGCAGUAUGGAUUGGGCAUCAGCGCCAGUCGAGCCUGGCAUCGACGUCUACAAGAUGUACAAAUGGGUCUUGGACAAGGAGGGGUAUCUGGCAACUCUUUACCUUGUUGGGCAGUCUACCUACAAGGUCAGUGCUUGGGUGAACCCAGGGAGCGCUGCGUCUGUUCGGCUUCAGGCGAGGACGGGUGCCGAGUAUAGUCCUGCCAAUUAUAUCAGGGUGAAGGGGUGUGUUAGCACGGCGACUGGCGAGCUCACGCUUGAUGUGGGCGGCAGGAAGAAUAUUUUGUUGUGUGGCAACAAUCAGGUGUUCCUGUCGAGUGGGGAUGGGUCCGACACUGGGUUGAGCUGCACGAGGAUGUAUCCCAAGGCUAUUACCGUGUAG